AAAGUCAAUUUUUGUCGAUUUUCACGUUCACGAUUUAUAAGUUAAUUUGUUAUUAAAAAUAUAAUUUGUCGUAGUUAAAACGUAAUAGAAUGAAAAUUUGUUGCUCGUUAUUAAAGUUCAAAUACUAUUUCUAAAGUUUAACACAAUGGAAGACGUGUUAGACGAAGUAGUUUCUUCGGAAGAUUUGCAAAAAUUCGAAAAGAUUUUUCACGAGCAACUGCAUCAAGGCAACGUCACACACAAAGCUCAGUUCGAAUACGCAUGGUGCCUGGUACGAAGCAGAUACCCUACUGAUAUUAGGAAGGGUAUACUGCUUUUAAAAGAGCUAUUCAAUUCCCAUGCAGAGGGCAAGAGGGACUACCUUUUCUACCUUGCUAUAGGGAAUGCUAGGAUAAAGGAGUAUAACAAAGCUCUGCAUUAUGUGAAGGCAUUCCUUGAGAUUGAACCAGCUAACCAGCAGGUCCUGGCGCUAGAGCGCCAGAUUAAUAAGCGCAUGGAGAAAGAGGGUCUGCUGGGGAUGGCGGUGGCUGGCGGCGCCGUGCUGGCCAUCGGCGGGCUAGUCGGCCUCGGCAUCGCGCUGGCGUCCAGCAAGAAAUAGCAUUUGGCUUUCUUAAUGAACGCCCUCGUCGGCGUUCAUUACCUUCUGACUAAGAAGAAGGAGAAACGGGACUAGCGGGUCCGCCCACACCAUUACACAAAAUACGAAUUUUCCACACUUGUACACUUUAGAUUAUACUAUGUA